UCAACUGUCAUGAGCAAUAACUAUCCUGGAAUACCCUUUUCUGGUCCUAGGCACAGGAGUGGUUGCUCUGCCUGUGGUGACCACUCCCACAAUCAAUAUCCAAACUAUAUCUAUUCCCAUAGAACUCUUAAUGCUGGACUAGCCUGUACUGCUAAAUCGUCCAUGAACACAUUGGAUUCUACUGCAAGUAGCAGCUCUGUCACUCGACCCUCACCAGUCAAGUCUUGUUUAAAAACAGCGUAUAGGAGAAAGAGUAUGCAAGCCAUGAGUGGGUCUUCCAUCAAGGGGUCUGCCUUGUCCAAUCGGUCUCGACCAGUUCAACAGUCGAAACUACAGUCUGCCACCAAUACAGGCCAUGAUCGAUCACACAUUCCUAUCCCUUGUUCAAAAGCAUCCAAUGCAUCUUUAAGAUCGUCUCCAUCAAUGUCCUCAUUGGUGAUGGCUGUACCUGCUGCAGGUUUGUCCCAUACAAAUGCAUCAGGUUUGCCUACAAGCAAGCUGCCAAGAGCCAUUUCCCCUCUCAAAUCAUUCACUACUGUAUCAUCUGAGAAAGACCAUGGCCAUGCCGAGUUAGAUGAGGGUUGCACUGUUUCAGAUUUGGCUAUUGACACUUGUGCCAUUAAAGAUCCACUUGAACCUACUGAAAAUAUGGACAAGGAUGGCGGCAUGUACCGUAACACCUCAGUUGCGACACUUGUGGAUUCAUCCGAGAUUCUUUCUCAUACACCCACGACGAUUACUGAUGCAGAUGAGGAGCGUGACUUAUUUUCUAAUCAUAGUAGCUUGACUAAUGUGGAUGUGACGAUCGAGUCGGAUCAACAUGUAUCUGUUGAUCAUAAUACAGACUCCAUCGAGCCGACUUUAUCCGUUUUGGAGACUGAUGCUACUAAAUGUUUACAAGACGAUUCAUUUGUAGAUUUAGCAAGUCUGCAAGCGGUUGAUACAGUUGAUCAUCUGGAUACGUGUGAGCAAUCUUUGAAUUCUGAUGUUCGACCAACGGAAAUGGAUCCAAUUCAAGCGACAGACAUUCAAGAAUCUGAUGCUGUAGAUCAACUGGCCAGUUUGGAUCUAAACAUACCACCAACUGGAUCACUAGACGAUGCCUACUGCCUACUUGAGCCUUCAUUGUCAGAACACGAAGAAUUUGAGCAGGAUACAGAAGUGUUUUCAAGUAGUGUUAGCAAUGUGGAUGUAGCUUUGACCAUGGAAGUAUUGGACAGUGUUCAGGCAGUAUUGGACGGGUCUAGUCAUGCCUAUCCAACACAUCGAGAAAAGAACAAGAAUGGUGACAUGUAUUUAUUAUCAGGUACAAGAUUAUUGGAGGUGGAAGUGAUGGACGAAUUUGGAGAGCGCCAUAUUCAACCAGUAGCUAUGGAAGGGGCCAAUACAAGUGCAGUAUCGAUGGUGUUGAAGUCGGAUGGUGUUGCUAGCAUUAGCAGUGGGUGUGGAAGUGCAGGAAAUCUUGUUCUUUCAACAACCAUUACAGAUAAUAUUGAUGAUGAUGACUAUGUGGCACGUGGGUUUGAGGAGACUCAAGGAUUGUCGCCUAUAGCAUCUGUUUCAUCACCCUGUUCGAAUGUCUUGCAAGUAGUUGAUUCUCUAUUUGAAGGACAAGAUGCGCGCAUAUUCAAGUCAGCAGAGCAGACAAUUCAGCCCACAUAUUCAAAUCUAUCAACACAUGAUACUGUUACGUCACCUAGGACAAGCAAUGCGACGCCGGAAUCACUUUCAGCAGCCACGGCUAUAGCAUUGGCCAAAGCCAAGCAAGACUCGACACGUGAGUUUCGUCAGCGCACGUGGCAUAUGUUACGAGAUCUAGAAGGAUUGGAACAGCUGUUGGCAGCAAAGUACGAUGAGCUGGUAUCGAUGCAUCGGUUGUUGCGAUCGGCACGACUCACAAUGAACCCAUUGCAAAAAGGAGAAGAAUCACCACAGGUUCAACUCAAGCAAGCGUACAUCAACACAUCAGGGGAUAUAUACGACAUAUCAAGCAACAUAGUAGCAUCGUGGACACCAGUAGCACGAUCGUGUGUUGAUGAAAUGCUCAAGGAGCAUUUAGGGCGGGCAUUAACUAAAGUGGAGGCACUUGGAUUACAAUUAAGAACCGUGACUCGACGCAAAUGGAUGGAUGAAAGUGACUAUGACGAUGAUAUGCAAGUGGUCAGUUGCGUACGAAACGUAGUGGAGGCGACACGGGGAGCGCUAAAAGACUUGCAAGCAGCACAGCUACGACUUGGAGAGAAUUAAGUUUUGAAUCAGGCUUGUGAGCCGAUAAUCAACACAUGCAUAAUAAAAAGUGAUGACAAAUACUUGG